UGAUAAUUCAUGAUCAACUGAGUAGAGUAGAAAUUAUCGAUAAGAAUCGUGGGGCAGCCAGAUAGAGUCCAAGUGGAUCUUUAUUCCACCGCUAAGAAAAAGCCAUCUGAGCUUCCAAGCUUCCCUUAGUGUACCAUACCGCCUUUUGUGAUCGUUUUGUUUACCUGGGACGAAAUUGUUUUGAUUUCAUUCAUAUGGCGGAUAACAAAUGAUAAAGAAUUGGGGCUCCAGACGCAUUUUGCUUGCUUAGGAGGGCUGGUUCUAUCGACAAUUGGCCCAACUGUGCAUCUGCGUUAGACAGCUGGUCACGACAACCGCCUUUGCGGGGUAUAUCAGCAACCUCCACCCUCCCCUUCUCUUCCUGCAAUAUCUCAGGGAGAUCUUUCUUCGCCCAUCCUCAGCAAGUUGUGUGUAUAUUUUUGGUCCAGAAUCAUGUCUGGCCGACAAGAUCGUGGCGGAAGAGCUCGGGGCGGCGGCGGCCGUUCUCGCGGUGGUGGAGAUGGCGGCAGAGGCAGAGGCCGUGGUCUAUUCCCAUCCGGAGAACUACCGUUACGCCCAGCAGACAGUCAGGAACGAGGUGGUCGCGGGGGCGGCUCUAGGGGUGACCCCAGAGGAAGAGGCGACUUUAGAGGACGAGGCGACUCCAGAGGAAGAGGUGACUCUAGAGGGAGAGGUGACUCCAGGGGCAGAGGUGACCCCAGGGGAAGAGGAGGUCGAGGCGCCUUCGGUGGAUCAGGCAAGAAAGAGCCAGCACCGAUAGUUGUGUUCUCGCCGGAGGGUGGAAUCCCGCCUCCAGAUGCAAAGGUCAAAGAUGUCGAAGAAACCAUCGAAAAGACGCUGUCGAAAAAAUCCCCAGGACAACGCAAGACUGAGCUGCCUGAGCGGCCAGGUUUUGGUACUCGUGGUCGUCCGGUCCAAUUGCUUGCCAACUACUUCCGAUUGUCUGCUCAGCAAAAGGGGACACUCUCCCGCUACAAUCUACAGAUCCUGCCCAAUGCUGGCCGCGCACCAAGCGGGAGGAAGUCGAAGCAGAUAAUCAAGCUCUUGCUCGACCAGCACUUCAGCGAUCACAAGAACAAGAUUGCCACCGACUACAAGGCUAUGCUUGUAUCUGCCCGCGACAUUGGUGUUCAAGCGCAAGAGUAUUCAGUUCAGUACAGGCCCGAAGGUGAAGAGGAUGUUGAACCCAUGAAUCCACAGAUCUACCAAGUACUCGUUCAGAAAACGGGAGAGUUCAGCACAUCUGAUCUUCUAGAGUACCUGAGCUCGACCGAUGCGAACGCCGUCUUCCCCGCCAAGGAGGAAGUCAUCCAAGUUUUGAACGUUAUCGUCGGUCAUUGGCCGAAGUCGAAUGCAGAAUUAGCCACAGUUGGCGCGAAUAAGCACAUUGGCAUCAGUCAAGCGCUUAUUGAGAAGGGUCCCCUUAUCGCUGGACUUGAGGUCCUCAGAGGCUUCUUCGUCAGCGUCCGCCCCGCUACUUCACGGCUAUUACUCAAUGUGCAGGUGAAGAACAUCGCCUGCUACCAGUCAGGCCCUCUUGUGAACCUUCUACGGGAGUUUGGAGAAGAUUGUCAGUGGAAUCCAUUCAAAAUAGGCUCGUUUGUCAGAUUGCUUCGUGUCGAGACAACACAUAUUGUCAAGAAGAACAAGCAAGGACAAAGAAUCCCUCGUGUCAAAGUAGUAGCCGGCAUCGCGAGGAAAACCCGCGACGGUCCAAACAAUCGUGUCAGGGUCAAGAAGGACGGUGCUGGCCCGCGGGAUGUGUCGUUUUUGUUGGAAGAGUCAGGGCAAGGCCAAGGGCCAUCUGGAAAAUGGAUCACGGUUGAACAAUUCUUCAGAGACAGAUACAAUAUCCAGACGGAUGCAAACAUCCCGGUUGUAAAUGUUGGAACCCCAAACGACCCCAAAUACUUGCCCGCAGAGGUCUGCCAGGUCAUUCCUGGUCAGCCGUCUAAGGCAAAACUGACUCCCGAGCAAACAAGAGGGAUGAUCAAUUUUGCCGUCCGAAAGCCUGCAGAGAAUGCCAAGUCGAUUGUCACAAAGGGAGCCAGUGUUCUCGGCGUUACGCCUAGAAUGAAUGAGACUCUCACUGCGUUUGGCCUGAACGUCGACCCGAGCUUGAUUGCUGUUCCCGGUCGAGUUCUAACCUGUCCACAAAUUCACUACGGAGAUGUCGUGGCAGCUUACAAGGACAGCCGCGGUGGCUCCGGCGGUAAGAAAAAGCAACAUGAAAUCCAAGAUGCUUCCGCAAAGUUUGGGAGCUGGAAUAUGAACAAGAUCCGGUUCUCACGGGGAGCCAGCGUGGGUUCGUGGGCGUGGUUACAUAUUCAGAAACCCCGUUCGAGAACAGACGCGCUCAAUACCGCUUUGGAGGGCUUUCUCGAGACAAUGCAAGUUUCUGGAAUCACGGUGAAUGAAGCAGUUGCCUCGAAGAACAUCGUCAUCAAUUGGAAAGAUGUUGAAGGGCAGAUCGGGACUGCCAUUGAUGAACUUAUGCGACACCGGCCAGAGAUGAUACUUUUCAUUCUCGACGUGGCAGAUGCACCGGUCUACAACUGCAUCAAGAAAAACUGCGAUAGGCGUGUAGGCGUUCGCAAUGUCUGCGUCUUAGCGCACAAGUUCAUGGGCAAGUUUGGCCGUGACGUCCAAUAUUUCGCCAACGUUGCCCUCAAAGUCAACCUGAAGUUUGGCGGAGUGAAUCAGAGCCUGUGGCCUGACAAGUUAGGUAUCAUCAGCGAAGGCAAGACGAUGGUUGUCGGUAUCGACGUGACCCAUCCAUCACCGGGAUCAAGAUCCAACGCUCCCAGCGUGGCUGGCAUCGUUGCUUCUAUCGAUAGUUCCCUCGCCCAAUGGCCAGCAGACAUCCGCGUACAGACAGGCCGAGUCGAAUCAGUCGAACAUCUUCGUGAUAUGCUCAAAUCUCGGCUCCGUCUUUGGGCACAGCACAACAAUAAGCAAUACCCAGAAAAUAUCCUCGUCUACCGCGAUGGGGUCUCCGAGGGACAAUACCAAAUAGUCAACAACGAAGAGAAAAAUGCCAUGAAAAAGGCAUGUGAGGAACUAUACCCCGCCACGCUCACGAAGAAGGGUCUUCCGCGUUUGACCAUCGUAAUUGUCGGCAAGCGCCAUCAUACACGCUUCUACCCAACCAAGGAGAACGAGGCAGACAGAUCGUCCAAUCCUCAAAACGGCACCAUAGUCGACCGCGGCGUCACCGAAGCCCGCAACUGGGACUUCUUCCUUCAGGCCCAUACCGCCCUCCAAGGAACCGCGCGACCAGCGCACUACUACAUCGUCUACGACGAGAUCUUCCGCGGUCUUCCUCUUCGAGGCUUCUCCAACACGGCCGACAUCCUCGAAGACCUCACGCACAACAUGUGCUAUCUCUUCGGCCGCGCCACCAAGGCCGUAAGCAUCUGCCCACCAGCAUACUACGCUGACCUGGUCUGCGAGCGUGCCCGAUGUUAUCUCAGUGACAUUUUCGACGCCGCCUCAGACACCGCUAGUACCGUAAGCGGAGCAACUGCACAAGCACAACCAGGAGAUAUCUCCAUUCACGACAAUGUGAAGAACACGAUGUUUUACAUCUAAUUUGAGAUUCAGGUUGAAUUCAGAAUUCUCUUGAUCUAAGCUCACGCACAGCAAGGCAAGAAAAAGGCAUAUACUUAAACAAAUUGGAUUAAAAAUGCAUCUUAGCCUUCGCUGGAGGAAGGAAUCUUGACCCAACUUGGCCAUUGAUGAAAUCUAUGCAUUCAUGUCAGGAUAUCCAUGCGAUGUUUUGAACCAGGUUAGCCUGUCUUCCUCUUUUUUUUAAUAUGUGUUUUUCCAAUAUGUGUUUUCAUACCUUUUUUAUGGAGACGUCAAUAAUGGAAUUACUGUCACUACG